UGAAAAUAUUUUCCUAAUUAUGUUUUUAUUUUUUCAAGUAAUUAAAAAAGGGAAACUUACAAAAAACCAUUCACAGGAAAUAAACAAUAAAAGUUUUGAAGUUCAUAUCACAUCCACUGCAUUUAGGAAGAAUAUCUGUAUUGGUAUUGAUAUCGGCGAUAUGGAUCGGUAUCGGAUUGUUACACAAAUGUUCAGUAUCGCCCAGCCCUAGCGUAAAUUCCUUUAGCCUAUAGCAUCCUUUAGUGCCCUGUUGCUGUUUUGAUCAAAAGUCACAUUUUAUUGGCUCUCCAGUUAAAUAAAUGUCUUCAUCUGUUUAUUAUACACAGACACACAAUACAUGGUCAAACAUGCAGCUUUAGGCUUGAUUGGGUAAAACACAUUUCAAAUGAUUUGUUUCAAACACACAUGAGCAGCUGCAGCUCAGCCUUUGUGGUCAGCAGUGGGUCAAAACGAGCGUGAGGUGUGCGCUCCAUUGACCUUUGGGUCACAUACCAUGCAAAGUUGCAGUUGUAACGGCCUUGAUGAGGUUUACAUUUCAAAAAAAGGUAAAUCAGAAUAGUGGGAGGGGAAAGAGGGGGAGAGCCAUGGUAAGCUGGUGCAGUGGUUGGUGGUGGGUGUGUGCAGGAGACUCACGUUGGCCACCAGGACCUCCCUUUGCUUAUAUCAGAACCUGGCAGGGGCUGCAGGGGAGAAUGGCAGGAAGUCGAAUCCAAACGGUGGCACUAUAAAACUUCUUGCUGAAAUUGUCAAGACUUCAUCACAGCUCAGGACUGGCAUCCUUCUUCACCACCUGCUCUCUGAGUCCUGAACUUUUUGGGGUUUUUUUUGCAGUAGCAGCAGCUACCAGCAGCAAAAUUCAACGCUUUUUCAUCUUGAAAAGGUAAUUUCUUUCCAAACACAACAAAAUUUUGUAAUUUCAUUUUUUUCCAAAUAAAAUACAUCUUUUAUGUGUGUCUCCGCAGACAUGAAGAUAUUGGGCUGUGUUACCUUCUUACUUUUCCUCGGGGGGAUAUGGGGUCAGAGCAACCGUAACACCAAAUCGAGCGGCAAGUCUGUGAAGAAGGCUGGUGCAAACCUGGGCGGUGAUGCUGCCCAGCCUCCCCCCGGGGCGGGGGUCACUGCUGGAAGCAGCAGGAGCAGUGGAGGGCCAGCUGAAUCUGAACGGGAGGGCGCAGCAGCUGCAGCAGCCACUCGAGCAGCUGGACAGCAGACGGACGAUAUGAGGCUUCACUUCCUCAGGAACACCCAAGUUACAUGUAAUGAUGGAACCGCAGCUGGCUUUUACCUGAAGGAGUUUAGAGGAAGCCGCAGGUGGAUUUUAUUUCUGGAGGGUGGCUGGUGCUGCCACAGCAAAGAGAGCUGUGAUGCAAGAUACCAAAAUAUCCCCCGACUAAUGAGCUCAUCGAAUUGGCCCCAAACUAGAAGAGGAACUGGAAUACUGUCUUCACGAGCAGAGGAAAAUCCACACUGGUACAAUACAAACCUUGUAUUCAUCCCGUACUGCUCCAGUGAUGUAUGGACUGGCACCGCUGAGUAUUCCUUCAUGGGCUCUCUGAUCAUCCGGGAGGUCAUCAAAGAUCUCAUACCAAAAGGAAUCAAGAUGGCCAAGGUUGUCAUGCUGGCUGGCACCAGUGCCGGAGGAACCGGCGUUCUGCUAAACAUUGAGCGAGUCGCCAGCCAGCUUGGGCAACUUGGUAUGGACGCUCAGGUCCGAGGUCUUGUAGAUUCUGGCUGGUUUCUAGAGAGCAAACAGGAAAGACCAACCAACUGCCCCGAGACCGUCUCCUGCUCUCCUGAAGAUGCCAUCAAGAAUGGGCUCAGAUUGUGGAACGGGGUUGUGCCAGAACGGUGUCAGCAGCUCUAUAAGAAGGGGGAGGAGUGGCAGUGCUUCUUUGGUCACAGACUGUACUCCACCUUGACCUCUCCUCUGUUUGUGGUGCAGUGGCUGUUUGAUGAGGAGCAGCUGCGGGUGGAAAACAUCUACAUGGGAGCACAAAGCGUCUCUGAUGAGCAGUGGCGGUACAUCCAGAACCUGGGUUUGGAGCUCAAAGACUCUCUAAGAGAUGUCACGGCUGUAUUUGCUCCGUCGUGCCUCUCCCAUACUGUCAUCACCAAGAGUACAUGGAUGAGUUUUCAAGUCAAAGGCACCUCUUUACCCCGUGCCCUGCACUGCUGGGACAGAAGUCUGGAGGCAACACGCAACAACAGAACCCCAGCCAAAGGUUGCCCUUUCCACCUGGUGGACACCUGCCAGUGGCCUCAGUGCAACCCCACCUGCCCAGCCUUGGUGGACCAGGCCACCCAGCAGGAGGUCACUCUGCUCCAGAUGCUGGUUGCCAUGGGUCUUGACCUGCAGAGGCUGGGCUUGGACCCCCAGGGAGAUGCAGACUCUCUGGCCAGCAUGGUCAGCAAUGGUGGCUAAGCACAGCAGCUGAAGUAAAGUGUCAGAAAGGUGAAUGGAUGUAAAAAAGGUGUGAUUUCAGUGUGACCGUGGACAUUCAGCAGAAGUCUGGUUACUACAUUUUGUGCUGCUCAGCAUUCCAUUAUGCUCCACAUGUUAGCUCCAUCUGUGACCACAUCAGGCUGGAGGGAGUGUGGCUCUGGGGGUUUGUGUUGUUGAGUGGGGCCCCUAGUGAGUGUCAGAGGAAAGUGGGGGCAAAGCUCCUUAGCCUGGUAAUCUUUAAAGAUUGAUUUGAGACGACCUACAAGAAGCUAUAAUCCUGAUGGCUCCACUUUCUGAAACUAAAACAUGUUAGUAGAGUUUAAUGUCACCAUCUAUGUGUUCAUUUACUCUGUCGUUUUUAGCAUUCAGGUAGAAACAAGAAGCAAAUUUGGAAAACAAUAUGAAAUGAUUUAAACUUUUUACUUUAUUAAAGACACUGUUGUGUUUGAGAAAUAAUUAGCUCCUAAUUUUGUGCUAAGCAUAUAUGCAAGUUGAUAUUCAUAUUUUGUAUGCAUGCAAAACUAAAAUAAAUUGUUUGAUGUAUCUUUUGGUUGUAGGUCUACUAAAAUUGUUUGCAGUCCUACCUUAUUUAAUUGUAUAGUCCAUAAUAUAUAUUGGAAAGAAAAGACAGCUUGAGAAACUGGCUUCUGAACAGAAAUCACCCACAUUUAUAAACUACUUCUACAGGAAAGUGAAGAAACAAGGGAGUUACUUUAUUUCCAAACACAAGUUUUCCACCUGAUUCUGUGCUGGAAUACUUUGUAUUCACAGAUGUUGCAUUAUUUUACCGAGCCGUUGCAGCACUGAACUCAUGCAAGUGUAAAUACAUAAAAUAAAAGAAUGUAAACUAUUGUUUUGCUUUGGUCUUUAUUACUUUUUACUUUAUAU